AUGCUUGCUUCAUCACGAAGGACAUCGCUCUCCGCGAUCGGCACCAAACCGGCAGGUAUCCAGCCUCGUAAGAUCGAGGAUUUCAAAGCCCUAAGCCAUGCAACACGUCUGAACAAGAUACCGACACCUAAAUCGCUGCUGUGCAAAGUUGAACCUUUGCAGAUUCAGGUGGAAGAUGCGCAAGAUGGCUUUGUCACCGGAUUUCUCCACCUCCCCGUCAACUUCGCUCGAAAUCGAACUACGGCCCCGAAACAGACGGCGGCGAUAUUUCUAUCCGGAGCUGGAGGAGGGGUCGUCGGUCCUAGCAGCGUCUAUCUUGGAAUCUCCGACAAACUGGCCAGUUUGGAACGAGGGAUCCCUUGUCUUCGACUGGACUACCGCUUCCCAGCGAGGAACUCGUAUUGUGCCCGAGACGUCACCGCUGCGAUGGACUUGAUGAAAGAUCUUUACGGGUUGGAACGUUUCAUCUUGGUAGGAUGGAGCUUCGGAGGUGCACCGGCCUUGACCGUCGCGGGGAAGGAUCAACGCGUUGUUGGGUGCGCAACCAUAGCAAGUCAGACUGCAGAAACGGACGGAAUUCGACAACUUUCCCCUCGGCCCUUGCUGCUGCUUCAUGGCACAGCCGAUCGAACUCUAGGUCCGAGCUGUUCCGGGAGACUGUACACCAUGUAUGGACCGGGUGGGCAGAGGACGCUCAAGCUAUUUGAUGGUGAUGAUCACGCUCUUACCCAGAACGCAGGUCAGGUUGAGAACAUGUUGUGCGACUUCAUCACCUCAUGCGCUGAUCUAAAGGUGGAUGACUCAGAGAAGGAGCUGCUUCAGACCAACUUGAUUGAAGAUGGAGAAAGGUUAGAGAAGAUGCAAAGUGCAGGAGAUCUUUCAGGAGGAGAAAACUUGCGAUGA